ACGGGGGACGACUGCAUACGGCGUUUUCAUUUCAAUUUGUGAUGAGGAAAAGUAUAAUUCGCGUUUGUGGUUGGCCGUUUCUUCGAGAGGCAAUAUACAGCUAAGCUGCCAAUAUUUAAAUUAAUCAUGAAAUCUUGUAUGCAGUGAAGAAGCGGACCGCAGGUGUGCAAGAAUAAAAUCUCACAACGCGAUUUGAUAGAUGCGAAUGUAUUGAAUAUAUACGCCGAAGGACCGUAAUAUAAACGGCCGUAUACCGUUUGCCUUUAUCGCGUUCCGUUGGUAUAGGAAAGGUCAUCGAGCAUUUAAAAAAAGUUCGGCAUGCGACUCCGGAAGUGAGUUGUGAUCCACACGGAACUCAUUUGGCCUGUACCCCAUUCGAAUUUGCACAUAUUAAAUGGUUAAUAUAGUUUAAUUUGAUGGUAGCAGAAUGCUAUGACGGGCUACUGAUGUGAUAUAUUUUGUGUGACAUACAAUAACGCACGUCCAGUGGCACAGGUAACAAUGACAGACGUGCUGUCGAAGAUUUCAAUCUAUUCCACGACAUCGUAAACGACAUGCUCGCUUUUAUACACAAAAUCCUAUACGAUUUGGUCGUAGAGACAUUUGGCGUGCAGAAAUGGAACGAAAUAAGGGACGAAGCGGGUCUCUCAGAGAACGAUACAGAAGAGUUCUGCGACUCGGACAACCACGGAAAGGUCUACGAAGAUGAAAUGAUUUGGAGAAUUGUGAAGAUCGCAUCGCGAGUAUUAGACACGCCAGAAGACGACUUGUUGGAUGCGUUCGGAGUAAAAUUUGUAAACGUGAGCUUCAAUGAUCAUCAGAAAAUGUUAACAUCACUCGGAUGUUCAUUACACACUAUGCUGAACAACCUGGAUCACAUGCACCAAGUUUUCAAAGAGGCGAAGAGGUAUGACGGCAUGAGAGCGCCAUCGUUUACCUGCGAACCAGCUGAUAAAAAGGGACAUGUCCUCACAGUACAUUAUUUUUCCGGGCGAAGGGGUUUGGAGAAGUUUGUUUGCGGAGCAUUAAGACAAUGUGCCAAAGUGUUAUGCGAUGUAACUGUAGUUGUAGACGUUUUCAAGAAAUUCGAUCCGGAAACUGGGUGCGUGACAUUCAAGAUUGAAAGUUCAGAUGUGCCGCUGACUGACCAAGUCAAUGAUGAAGUUCAUGGAAUAAAACGCAAGAAGUCCUCAAACGUCAAGGAUCUCCCGAUUAACAUGGAGACAUUUUGUAAAGCCUUUCCGUUCCAUAUUAUCUUCAACCGAAAUUUUGAAAUUGUGCAAAUGGGAAGCGCACUCGUGCGAAUACUCGGUGGAAGCCUUUUGAAUCAAAACAAUCGAUUAAGUGACUACUUUCAACUGGUUAGGCCGGAUAUUGAGUGGAGCUUUCGUUCAAUUCAAGCACAAUGCAAUUCAUCAUUUCUGCUCCAUCUUAACAGUGCAGUUUCCGAGAAAACACAACGAGUUAUGAAUCUCACAGGACAAAUGAUCCACAUGCCCGAAUCGGAGUGCAUACUUUACGUUGGUUCCCCAGUUGUGGAAAACCUGGAUCACUUGCGCAAGCAAGGAUUAUACAUCAGUGAUAUUCCAAUCCACGAUGCGACUAGGGAUUUGAUUUUAGUAAGCGAACAGUCAAAGGCGCAAGGCGGUCUAAAGAAACGACUGCAAUCACUGAAGGCGAAAGUACAAGAGACGUCCGCGGAACUUGAACAUGAGAAAAAGAAAACUGAGGAUUUAUUAGAAGCAAUUUUCCCCAAAGAGGUUGCACAGCAACUUAUUCAUAAGAAACCCGUAGAUGCGCAGACAAUCGAGAGCGUUACGAUGUUGUUCAGUGAUCUUGUGGGCUUCACGGCAAUAUGUGGAAAGUGCGUCCCCAUGGAUGUCGUGAAUAUGUUAAGUGCUCUGUACACGAAGUUUGACACGAGAUGUACAGAAUUAGAGUUGUAUAAGGUUGAGACAAUUGGUGACGCAUAUGUCGUAGCAGGUGGAUUGGAUGUUAAAAUGACCGACCAUGCUUAUCGUAUAGCGCUGAUGGCGCUUUCUAUGAUGGAAUCCGCGGCCCAGGUGGUCUCGCCAGAGAAUAAGCCCCUGCGCAUGCGCAUUGGCAUUCAUACUGGAUCCGUCGUGACUGGAGUUGUUGGAGUGAAAAUGCCACGGUAUUGUUUAUUUGGGAAUAACGUUACUCUUGCUAACAAGAUGGAGUCGGGAAGUGAGGCUGGGAAAAUUAACGUGAGUCCGGCAACAUACAAGUAUUUGAAGUCGUUCAACGCGUUUUCCUUCGAAAUGCGCGACCAAAGUGUCUUGCCAGAUGCAUACCCAAGGUGUGGUAACGAGACGUGCUACUUUCUCACCAGAAAAGCAAGCAGUGCCGGCAAAAGUAAAAUGGUGGUCAAGGUAACGGUCACAGAAGAGAAUGCUCCACCAAAUCAUACUUUGGAAAAGAUAGAAGAGAGUAAGAAAAACAAUCCAUAUAAUGAAGUUAAAUUAACACCGGCGGAAUCAAACAACAAAGGGAAAGUUAAGGAGCGUUCACCACGUCGUUGGGAAACACGGUUUUGUUCACUCACGUGACCUGACUUAAGCCCGAAAUGGAAAUGAAUAAAGUGACUCCGCAACCUAACUGCGUCAUGAACGCAUUUCCUCUGUGAAAUCAAAUUUACGGGUACCAAUAGUUCCAACCGUUCAUUUCUGAAGUAACAAACAUAUUCAGCGCGUUGCAAUAACUGAACUUCACCCUGAGUGAAAAGUAUCAGCAGCGAGCAAGUAGUAGGCUUAGGGCAACUCGUCGACUUGAGAAUGGUAUUGUAAUAAUAUAAACUCCAAAUUUAAUAAUAUAUAUAAUUACGUUUUGUAUAUAUUGCUUGUGACAGGAGGCAAAAAUUGACUAACUAAAAUUAUGCUUAAACACACGAAUAUAGGUUCAUGCCAUACAAAUUUUCUUACAUAAUGCAUUAGUUGGCAGGUUAUAAUCAUCUUUGUAGACCUACGUUUUCACUGUAUAGUUUAAUACAUCGGCUAACUGAAUGUCUCAUUUUGAGCUCGCCAUAUCUCAUAUAUCGUGUACUUAUACUUGUAUGUAGAUAUUAAUUAAUGCAAAUGUUAAACAGCGGAACGCAAUUAUAUGUACAACUCUGCAGGGGAGGAGUUUUGAGGUUAUUUGCACACGUUAUAACUCUCACGCUGACACGAUCUUGAGCUCGCAUUUUUGAAGAUAUUAGCAUUAUGAAAAAAAAAACAUUGGUUUUGUUAUAUAUGCAUGUUGAUAGUUCUGAUAAUGUCCAUAGGCGUGAAACACAAAGGGUUUUCAGGGAUUUCGGUGUUUCACAAACUGUAUGGUAGUUUUGUAUACAAUAAUAAGCAACUUCUCAAUAAUAUUUCCUCUAUUCAUGAGCUAUAUAUGGAGUGCAGCGCUAAUCCUAUAUCGGCAAUUAUUCCGUUGUAUUCUUAUCAAUUAUUUAGAAAAUAUUGAUGUAAUUUAUAACAACUUUUGGAAAUUCUCUAGUAAAAUUGCAAUGUCGAUGAAAAUCAGCUUGAAAUGAUAAUGAGAUUUGUAACUGCUAUCGUACAAUUUGGAUUAUAGUUAAAUAUGAUAUAAACAAUGGCUGUUUAAUAUCAUUGACGAACAUCAACAUCAUCGCGAAGGCAGCAGACCUUCUCAGCUUGUAUAUAAAAUAUUAACCAUUUUAACGCACGUGAUCUUCAAUGACGAAUGAAAAUUGGCAAUUCCGAAGCAUGCAUUUUAAGUCAUUAAAUGGUUUAAUUAUUCUUGCAACCAAACAUCUAUAUUAAGCGGUUGACGCAUAUUUGGGUCAUUAUUUAUUUAUUCAUAAGAGUGAUGUGACACCAGUUGGGAAUAUGCUAUUUCUCCCAUGUAGAACGGCAAACGUGUUAAAGCAAUACUUAGUGCAAACUCUGUGGAACUUAAGUCUUAUAAGUGAGGAAACAAGAUACAUGCAAAUAACCGCAUCUUUUAAACGCUGGGCUUUAACAGUAUUUUGGAGUUGCUGUCAUAACGUUGCUCUAAAUAUAGGAAAACUUGAAAUCGAGAUUGUCAAUCACACUGCUGUGCCAAUUGUAGACGAGUCAUAUUUCGGUAUUUUAAUUGCCUUCUUGAAUGCUGAAGUAAAUGCUGUUCAAACAAACAUUCAAAACUCGCUUUCGUUUGAUGUCUAGAAGUUAUGGCAAUAACGCAACGCUUAAACAGGAAGGUUCUUAAAACCAAAUACUUUUUAUAUUCAUCAAUAUGAAAGAAAACGAAAAAAAUAUAAUUUUGAACAGCAAUUAAUUUAAAAAAUUUCAUUUUACCACAACUAAAUUAAACCACAGAUUAAUUACGUUAUUGCAUUUUAUGAAAUUAUGCUAAGUUAUUUUAACACCAUAAUUGGUAAUUUGUAGAAUAUGAAAUUGCUGUUGCUCUGUUGUAUAACAUGAAGCUCUAAAAAAUGUCCUGUACAAGUUGUUAGCAAUGAACAACCAGGGAAUUCUUUACCUGCGUAAAAUAUCAGCAGUUUUAAAAAGUUGACAGUCGAAAUACUUUGUUUGUCUCGUUGACCUGUAAUGACCUGCUGUCAUAUCAAUAACGCCACGCUGCAUGAAACUUGAUAAAAUAUGUUGCUAAGAAACAUGGUCAUAAGUUUGUACUUUCUCGUAAAAUUAGGCCUGUGAUGUAAUUACAUAUGCAGAUGAUAAUACGUCGAAUUGCGACAACUCCUUCAUUCUGUCGAUUGGAAGUGGAAGCUUGCAAACCAUACACUUACACCAUAAUCGUAUAGCUAGGCAAAUUAUGCAUAUUCUUUUUUUUGACAUUUUACGCAUCCGAAUAAACAUGCAUGAUUUAUACCGCUGUUCAAACGCAUCAAUCGUCAAUGCUAAUUAUAUAUCGCUGGCUUCAAUUACCUACCAUUCUCAAGUUUAAAUAUAGCCCUGAAUUUUUUACGUGUCGAAAAGAAUAAGGAGUCACUUUGAUCAUUCAUUUCCAUGUGCUGUGAACAAGAUUGUGUUUCGUUCCCUUUUUGGCACGUAGGUCGCCAUGAAAUUAACAAAUUGGCAAAGGCAGAAUGAUUUCGAAGAAUCUGAUCUAUAUAGAAAUAGGUGAAAUGUAAUGCUAAAAAAUCAGCACUUUGAAAAAUUCUCAAAUGUUCCCAACAACAAAAUGGGUUUGUUUUUUUAAAAGCAAAGAGGUUAAUCUUCAAAAAUACCACUAGAGACACAUAUACAUAUAGUUGUGGCAGCGUUGUGCGUCAGUUUUGAAGU